AUAUUUUUAUACCCACAAUUCCAUGGAACUUUACUGAAAACUUCCGCUUCCGGUACAUCAUCCUCGUGCUUCUGUUUACAACUGUCGCAGUCACUUCUUUUACCUUCGUUGUACUGUCAGCCGUGGCUUGACACUCCACACCUGGCCACCCCACUGAGAAAGUUGGAGCAAAUGAUGGACUCCGAUUCAUCCAGGGCUGGCAUUGAGUCUGCAUGUCGGAGUCACAGGACAAAGAAGAAGAAGAAAAAAGGCUCAGCAGGUAAAUCCCCUAGUACCAAGGGAAGUACCUUAGAUGACUAUAGCCCCAAGGAUAGGAACAUUGACAACAAGACAACCUUGAAUCCUCUCAUGGACACCUCAAAUAAUGUUGAGUUAGGGACCAAUUCAUCAGACUGUAAAGACACCCUAAAUAAUAUUGACACUGAUUCCAAGAACCAGAUGAUGGGGUCAGCCCCUAUAAACACAUUAAACAAUAUUGACACUGGCAUCAAUGUCUCAGAGUCUGGUUUAACUCUUGCUAAGGAUUCUUGGAUAACUAAGACUGAUUCUCCAAUUGAGAAGAAGAAGCAAAAUUUAAAUUCUCCUCAGAGUAACUUAGACAAGGUUGAGAUUGAGGUGAAUAAUUCAGAUUCUUGCCCAACUUUUCAUAGCAGUUCAUUGAUAGAAGAAGCUGAUGGUAACGUUAAUCUCAGAAAUCUGGGAAGUACUGGCAUUGAAAGUGAUAACAUGGGUUGUGCAGAAUCAAGCAACCCUCAUGAAUUAGGUGUCCCUGUUGCAUCUCAUCCCUUUGGCAACAGCAACAUUGGCAUGGAACUUCCAUAUACAGAAAGACUGGUAGAAAAUAUAGAGGGUGCACAGCAGUUCACUUUGUUCCGUCAGCUAACAUCUAUGGGAAAACUUGAAGAUAUAAUCCUAAGAAAUAGUGUAAGGGUUUUGAAGCUGGUGAGUUGUCAUUUGAGGUCGCUACCUGAAGAUUUGGGUAACCUGUUAUAUCUGGAGGCCUUGGUAUGCAGUGAAAACCAACUCACAGAGCUUCCACAGUCGGUUGGUUAUCUUCAGCAUUUGAAAUUGUUACAAGUUGAUAUGAAUCGCUUAAAACAACUGCCAGCAAACAUCGGAUCCUUGAAGUCUUUGAAGUUGCUUGCUGCCAAUGACAACCAGUUGGAGUAUCUGCCAGCAAGCAUUUCGGUGCUAGAAAACCUACAGACUCUCGACUUGUCUAACAAUUGUUUGCGAAGUCUGCCAUUACACUUUCAGUCAUCUGCAUGUCUCAACCAACUUUACAUCCAGAAGAACUCUAUUGAAAAGUUACCACCUUGGAUAGCAAAAAUGUCGAAAAUUCAAGAAUUCCAGGUUGGUGAGAACCUGUUGACUGAGUGGCCAGACUUUGAAGAGUUUGGUCGCACAGCCACACAGCUCAUGGUGUUGGAUGUGUCAGAAAACCGGUUGAGUGAUUUGGCCAAUGGCUUUGGAGGACUACAAUCAUUGAGUUGUUUAAAUUUGGGACGAAACCCUUUUGUUGACAAUCAGAAUGCAGAAUCUGUUGGCAAUCUCUUGAAAGGACUGCCAAACAGCUUCUGUCAGCUCCAUGCUGUUACUUUGUUAAGCAUUGAUGGGAAUUGCUUGCAGAACUUACCCAAUAAUUUUGGCGACUUGCGGUCCCUGAAGAUGCUGAAUCUGUGCGACAACCAACUUGAAUGGUUACCAGAUUCUUUCUGUUACCUGAACUCUUUACAACUAUGUCUGCUUUCAAGGAACUCACUGAAUUGCCUACCUGAGCACUUUGGACACCUGCCUGCGCUCAAGCACCUGGAGGUGUCUCACAACAACCUGGUGGACUUGCCAUCAACCUUUGGUAAGUUGUCUGCGCAAUUAGUCUACCUAGACCUUUGCAAUAAUUGCAUCCUGCAUGAACUAAAGAUCCUUGAGAUAUUCGAAAGGCUCACCUAUCUGGACGUUGGUAGCAACCCAUUUGUGCAAUGUGAUUUGUCGUCCACCUCUCAUACUGUGAAUCCCCAGCUCACCACAGCCUGUAAUCACUACUUCACUACAUCACUUGCAGGACAGUUUGAAGACUUUGAUGGAGAUGAAGAAGGAAGGGAUGAAGGUAAAAACCGUGAUGAUGAUGAUGAUGAAGAUGAAGAUAAGAAAGGAGAGGUAUAUAGUCAAAUCACAUAUCAACAGGGAGGUAAAGACACAUUGCCAUCAAGAAAUAACCACCAAUCUGCUCCUCAGAACUCUCCUUGUGGAUGUAUUUACAGCACCAUAGAUAGCUCAUUUGUGGGUUCUACAGAGUCAUGUAGUGACCCCUUGAAAUCUUCAAUGACCCUAACCCAGCAGCUCAAAGGCAACAUCAGAGGCAGUGGUGAUGGCACUAAGCAAGAUCAUGUUGCAGCAGAAAUCCACAGAAUGCCUUUCUGCCAUCAAUGUCACUGUGACAACAGUGUCAAUACAGACCAUCACCAUAGUAACCACACAAACAAGGGGAACAUGUCUGAGGUGAAACGAAAAGAGGAGGAAGACUGGGAUAAAGAGCAAAGUGGGGCCAGCAAAGGGACCACUGCUUGUCGUGACCACACCAUGAACAUUACUAUGACAAACAACACUGUUAAGCACAAUUCCAGCUGCAGACAACGCACCAUGACCACCACAAGUGCUGCACUAAGCAGAGGUCACAUAUUCUUGCCAGCCGAUAUUCACAAAGAGAACAUAAAUUAUAACUUUGUUGGUUUCAGAAAAUUUACUGGACAAUUUGACAAUGCUGAUGAAUGAAUGCCACUGAUUCUCUCUCUCACACACACACACUCUCUCUCUCUCUUGUUCAUAUAUAUAUAUAUAUAUAUAUAUAUAUAUAUAUGUGUGUGAGAAAAAUAAACGACAAAGGAAUAAACAAUUAUCUUGUGAACUUCGUUAGCUUACAGCUGUUUCUGCUAUAAGAUACCGUGAACUCAUACUUGAGUGCCUGAAUAACACCUUAUUGCUUCAUCAGAGCCUUGAAUAUGAAUUGCAAUUUAUUUGGGAGAGAAUUACAUUUGUGCCUAUAUAGGGAAUGGCAUCAACAAUGAGAAAAGUCAAUACAGAUGUAUAUAAGAAAACUAUAUAUCCAAAAUAUUGUUGAUACCAUUUUCUAUAUAGACACAAAUGUGAUCCUUUCCUAAGUAAAUUACAUUUCAUACUUGAGGUUCUGAUGAAGCUAUAGGGUGUUAUUCAAGCACUCAACUAUGUAUUCACUGCAUCUUAUAGCAGAAAGAGCUGUAGUUCAUAAGAUAAUCAUUUAUCCCUUUGUCAUCACGUUUUCUCUUAUUACCACUCUAUACUCAGCCAACACUUCAUUCUGAAGCAUACAUAUAUUGAGUUCUACUCUGGGUUAUUAAUCUCACAAUGCCUAAGCGAAAUAUAUGUAUACAUAUAUUCGUUCAAAAAUUGACCCAAAGGACAGCAAAAGAACAGAGAGAAAAUUGACACACAGGACAUGAUCUUACCCUGUCAGUUAUUGUCCAAAAGUCUCUACAAUUUCACACCUUUAAUGAUAAUAUUGUUCAUUUUUGGUGGCGUCAACAGCAAAAAGCUGCUGAGAAUAAUAAUGAGUGAGUGUAAGGGAUGGAGACAAAAACAAACACAACCCUGUUUGUUGGUACGAAUAAAAAUAUACAAACAAAACAAAGCUAUAUGGCUCGGCUCUGAGACAACAUUAAGACAAGACCUGUAGAAGUAACACAAUGGAAAUGUGUGUGUGUGUGUAUAUUUAUACAUACAUAUACACACACAUAAAUAUUUCUUCUUGGAAAUAUAUAUAUAUACAUAAACACAUACAUGAAUAAAUAUAUAUAUAUAUAUAUAUACACACACACACACAUGCAUACAUCUUGGAAAUAUAUAUAUGCACACACAUACAUACAUUUCAUACCUCUUCUUUAACACAAUCAUAUGCACUAUAUACUGUCUAUUUAUCUAUCUGUCUUUCAUAUGCUCACGCUGCCCACACUGACAUGCACACACACUCACACACACACAGUGUUCAAGAUUUGUUCAUUAGACUUUUGUAUUCCCUAGUAUUUUAGGCAUGGCUGUAUGCUAAGAGGUUUGCUUCCCAACCACAUGGGUCUAGUUUCAAAUUCACUGUGUGACAUCUUGGACAAGUGUCCCUACUAUAGCCUUAGACUGACCAAAACCACGUGAGUGGAUUUGAUUGGCAGAAACUGAAAGAAGCCCUUCACAUACAUGUGUGUGCAUGUGUCUUUAAGUACCAGGCUUUACAAAAAAAAAAUUACUGGGGUUGAUUUGUUCAACUAGAAUUCUUCAAGGCAGUGCCCCAGCAUGGCCACAAUCCAAUGACUGAAACUAGUAAAUGCUAGAUAAAAAUACAAAAUUUUAAGACAUAUCUUAAGAACUGCCAUGAUACAUUCAACUCUUUAGUAUUUAAACUGGUCACAUCUGGCCUAGAUAUUCUGGUUUUAUGUUCAACCGAACCAGAUCUGGUCCCUUCCACUUUCCCUACAAUGUCAUUUUAAAGAUAAACAAUCACAUCAUUGAAAUCUUGAAACUAAGGAAUAAAUAAGCAUUACAUUUGAAAGAGUAGUUGUGGAUGCUAAAGGGCUGAACCGGCCAUAUUGAGCCAAAAUAUUCUACCUGUUUUAUGUUCAAACUGGCCAGAUCUGCCCUCUCAUACCUACUCUACAAUGUCAUUUUAAUGUAAUACAAUUAUGUCAUUGAAAUCUCAAAGCCACAAGAUAAGCUGUGAUUAUUUCAAAACAAUGUGAAUAAAUAAGCAUUACAUUUGACAGAGUAAUCUGAAUGCAAGAGGGUUAACCCUUUUGAUACCAACCCACCUGAAACCACUUCUGGCUCUGUAGUACAAAUGUCUUGUUUUCAAAAGUUCUGAAUAAAAAUCUUCCACCAAACCUUAGUCACAAUUUAUGUUCCUAACACUAGCUUAAUAAUAACUAAGUUAUUUUAUUAAAUUCUUUGUUAUAUUUAAAAUUAAUUGAAUGAAACACUGAGCAUCUCAACAGAAAUAUGGUAACAAUAUAGUUAAAUACUACUUUAGGACUAUUCGGGAUGGAAGUUAAAUGGAUGAAUCUUGAGGAUGACUUCUAUUGACUUGUUUGACUCUCAAACUCACACACCAUUACUAGACACCAACACUUCAUACACACAUAUACUGCCAUAAACAUCAAUGCAUACACACAUACAUAUUCCCUUGUUUUUCUACCAAAAUUUGAACCAAAGAUAUUCUUUGGCACUUGUGACUAAUAAAAGCUUAUCUCUCUCUAUAUAUAAA